UUGUACGUCUCCUUUUUUCCUCCCCUUUUAAACCGCUUUGUUCUCUCUCUCUCUCUCUCUUAUAAUGGCAUCUCCUUUCGUUUCCUUUCAUUAAGGUUAAGAUUUGAGAUGGUGCUGGAAACUUGAAGACUGUUUGGUUUGAAUUAGCAGCCAAAUUAGGCCUUUUCCUUACCUUUUAUCACCUGAAACAUCUCUUGUCAAAUACGCUUCUACGUUUUGUUGUUUCCUGAUUUAGAUACUAGUGAUAAGAAGUGAAAAUUUUGAAUGCUCGAGCUGUAAGAUGGGCUAUUUGAACUCUGUUUUGCAAUCCUCAAAUCAGGUUCAUGCUGAAUAUGGACCGGUCAGCGGCGGAGGCCUUAGCCAGAAUGGAAAAUUCAGCUAUGGCUAUUCAAGCUCUCCUGGGAAGAGGUCUUCAAUGGAAGAUUUUUAUGAAACAAGGAUUGAUGGUGUUGAUGGAGAGAUAGUCGGUCUUUUUGGAGUUUUUGAUGGCCACGGAGGUGCACGGGCGGCUGAAUAUGUGAAGCAAAACCUUUUCAGUAAUUUGAUCAGGCAUCCAAAGUUCAUAUCUGACACCAAAUCUGCUAUAGCUGAUGCAUACAACCAUACAGACUCUGAAUUUUUAAAAUCAGAAAACAACCAGAAUAGGGAUGCUGGGUCAACUGCUUCUACUGCUAUACUUGUUGGGGAUCGUUUGCUAGUUGCAAAUGUUGGUGAUUCUCGAGCUGUUAUCUGCAGAGGAGGCAACGCUUUUGCUGUGUCUCGUGAUCACAAGCCAGAUCAAAGUGAUGAGAGACAACGGAUUGAGGAUGCAGGAGGAUUUGUCAUGUGGGCUGGAACUUGGAGAGUGGGAGGUGUUCUUGCCGUCUCUCGUGCAUUUGGUGACAGGCUCCUGAAGCAGUAUGUUGUUGCUGAUCCAGAAAUUCAGGAGGAAAAAGUUGACAGCUCGCUUGAGUUCCUUAUUCUUGCUAGUGAUGGACUGUGGGAUGUUGUUUCAAACGAGGAGGCUGUGGCAAUGGUAAAGCCAAUACAGGAUCCUGAGCAGGCAGCAAAGCGGCUGAUGCAAGAGGCAUGCCAGAGAGGUAGCGCAGAUAAUGUAACUUGUGUUGUCGUCCGUUUCUUGGCUAAUCAAGGUGGUUCCUCUCCUAGUGUUUCUGCUUAACACGUCCCUUCCUAGUAAUUGCUAAACACGAUGGCUGCUCGAGUUGAAAUGAACUUCAAUAGUAAUAGUUAGUCAUAGAAAGAAAACUAUUAACCGCACAAUAUAAUGGGUUCCCACGUACCAAUUUAUGUAAAGAAUGCCGAGAGACUCGAGUCCUUUUA